CGCCUCCUAGCAGUACAGGUUGGUCAACUUGCCACGGCGCACCAAGAGGAGCAUACCACUUCAACAGAAUAUAAAACUUUCUUUUGAAAAAUCUUUAAUAGAGCUGCCAGUUGAAUGCGACGGUGAAUAGUUUAAGAGAAUGGGAUCGACAACCAGUUCUUGCACCUAGUAAUCUUUUCGCCACGAGUCUGAGACUCAUGAUUGCCAAUAUGCACGUUGCAAAAAAUGAGGGGUUUUCGUUUGCGGUUCGAAACCGUUUACAUAUCCAAAACCUUGACUGACACCUCGCCUUCACAAAAUAGACCAGGACCCCCUUCCAAGGCAGUCAAAACCGAUGACUUGAUGAAAAUCUACUCCACACAUUUGAAAACCAAACGGCAUGCAUGCGAUUACCCCCGCCCUUCUAUGAAGGGCAGACAAAAGAAUGCCAUGGACAAAUGUCACCAGCUCUCUGGUUGGGAGUCGAACCCGACAGCAUGUAGUGGCCGAUGCACUAUCAGAGAAUGAGUCCUGUGUUUAGGAAUUUAGAACGAGCGAGUGCCAGGGAGAUGGGUCUUGCACCUAAAGUCCUAUCGGCGCCACCCGGUCCAGCCCAAGAGUUGAAAGAACUAGAUAUAGUCGUUGAUGCGCU